UUUAUAUCAUGCACUAGAUGCGAUGUCAAUGCAAACGAUGUCAAUAGUAGUUCAAGUUAAUGUACUAAAUCUACGAGACUGGUUUACUUGUUUGGCAUCCCGGUGCGCAUGCGCAUACGCCAUCGCCCGUGAAGACGCGCGUGAGAGACGGCGACCUCCUAACGCUUGCGCCCGCGUUCUAUUUGUGUUCGCAUUCGUCACAUUGUACGCCUUCAGUCAGUCGCAAAUCUGAAACGGCCGCCCAGCGUGUUUUCGUGAAAAUUUAAUUUGUUAUAGCGGCCCAGGGCGGCCUGCGCGAGCAAUGGCUGCCCAACCGUCGCGUAAACCUCCUAACAAUUUACUCUUUUGCGGUCCACCACCGUCAUUACCGCCUAUAGUGUUAUUACCUAGUCCAUCUUCGUGUGUCAGUGAUCAGCAGUCGAUUGAAUCAACUGUUGCUUUUGAGAAGCUUAUUGAUUCGCAUGCCCUGAAGGAAAUAAAUAAUGUAGGCAUUCCAACAAUCGAUGCUUCCUGUGAAAAGGUCGAUCAGUUAAUAUAUGUCAGUGACAAAGUUGACGAAAGAUUACCAUUUAGCAAGAUAUUGAAGCGUAGCCGGAGUUUAGAUAUAACGGAUAUUUAUUUGAAUAGCAAUGACGGUGAUAUCGAUGUGAACGCAUUCAAGCACAGACGAUCCGAGCCAGAUUUAUCAAAGUACGAUUUGGUAAUUGAGACAGAAGUUUUCAUUGACAAUCAACAAACAUCAUAUAAACCGCCUCCUAUUGUGCUUAAUAAUCCAUUUUACGAUGCUUCUUAUGCUUUUAGUCCAAAUCAGGUCAGUCAAGUUAUUUUGCCAGAAAGCUAUCUAGCUUUUGAAGACUCUUUUGUUCCAUCAUGGGACUAUAAACCCGAACUCUUAGUUGAUAAAGAAAUAAACACGGGUUGUUAUUAUGACGGAAUUCCUUUAUUACCUUGCAAUGAUCCUUGGUCAUUCUGUGAUCAUAAUUGUAACUCAUUACAGUAUUUAACACCACAAUUUGGAUUGUCAGAAGAAGGUGUUCAAUAUAUGCCCCUUACUAAUUUAGACCAUGGAAUGUCUCAAUAUAUGGAUCUACCUUUAGACGAAAAAAUUCAAAUUACUGAAAUACAAUGCGAUAAGAACAAUCAAAAUAACAGAAUUAGAAGUCCAGAUACAGCUAAUGAAAAGUUUGAAGACGCUCAGACUAACAUAGACCCGGAUGCUAUUGAAACUAUCCCCUCGUGUACUUUAAUUCCAGAAGAUGAUUUGUUUAGUAUAAAUGAGUCGAUUACAAAUAGAGAAUCAGUGACUCAUAGUGAGGAGGAAUCAAUCAACGCAGAUAUAUCCAUUGAUGUUACUUCGAGUUUAGCGUUUAUUCCUAGCAGUAAGAGUUCACCCCGAGCUACUCGAUAUACCGAUGAUACAAGUGAUGGCACAUCUACGUGCUCCACCGAUUACCACGAGGCUUCCGCUCUGGAUCUAGCUCCGAGCUUAGAUGAAGUUUCUUGCUCUGACAGUGAAGAUUUAUCGCAAAGUAGAGAUGAACUUUCCCCACUGUGUAUUGACGAGAGUAAGCUCAUCAAAGCUGAAGUUAAACUUGAGAGUGAUCAUUCGAAUUUAGAUAAAAGUAGUAAAUCUGAACUGGUGCCCCUUAGUGAAUUAUCUAGCAUUCCAGUACCUGUUAAGUUAUGUACAAAGCCCUCUCCACCAUCUACACCUCAUAAUAGCCAAUCUAAGCCUUUAGAAAGGGUUACUGAUUAUAACAAGCCUCCACCUGCAAAUAACGUGAACCAUAGUGCACGUCCAGCUCAAGAUCGUAUAGAGAGUACUCAAAACAAAGCCAACACUAACCUCGAUAUAGUUGCAUCCAAGGAUAUCGCUCCAAUAAAACCUCAGCAACGACCCCAACCCCCCGCAGUUCCUCCAUCUUGGCUGGUGAAGAAACCGGCCGUGUCUAUGCCAACAAAAGUGCUCCAUCCGAUACAGAAUGUUCCUCAAAUACGCUUAGAGAACCCUGAAGGAGUAACAAAACAAGUGGAAACAGCUUCUAAAACUCAUUCACAAAUACAAAAUCAAGCUAAAGUGGUUCCUCAACCGUCUUGCUCCUAUGUAAUAAAUCAGCCUUCACCACAGACAUCACAACUGAAACCAGAAAAACCUAACGAAGUAGAGAGCUCGCGGGCCCGCUCCUCGGUCAAGGACGACAAGGACGGCCACCUGCUGUACUGGCCCGGAUACGUUAUGGGAGCGAGAUACAAGAUCAUCGAGACACUCGGUGAGGGCACAUUCGGCAAGGUCGUCGAAGUUAAAGACUUGGAAAUGGAGCACAGAAUGGCCCUGAAGAUAAUAAAGAACGUUGAGAAGUAUAGAGAGGCUGCCAAAUUAGAGAUUAACGUAUUAGAGAAGUUGGCUGAUAUUGACCCGGACUGCAAAAACCUCUGUGUUAAGAUGUUGGACUGGUUUGAGUACCACGGCCAUAUGUGUAUAGCAUUCGAGAUGCUCGGACAGAGUGUGUUCGAUUUCUUGAAAGACAACAACUACCAGCCGUACCCGCUGGAGCAGGUGCGGCACAUCGCGUACCAGCUCAUCCAUAGCGUCCUGUUCCUGCACGACAACAAACUGACGCACACCGAUCUCAAGCCGGAGAACAUCCUCUUCGUUGACAGCGACUAUGAGCUCGUCUCUGUCUACUCUAGCUCUAAGAAGAAACAUGAGCUGAGGCGAGUGAAGCGCAGUGACGUGAGACUCAUCGACUUCGGCAGCGCCACGUUCGACCACGAGCACCACAGCACCAUCGUGUCCACCCGCCACUACCGCGCGCCUGAGGUCAUAUUAGAGUUGGGAUGGUCGCAGCCGUGCGACGUGUGGUCCAUCGGCUGCAUCAUGUUCGAGCUGCACCUGGGCAUCACGCUGUUCCAGACGCACGACAACCGCGAACACCUCGCUAUGAUGGAGCGGAUCCUGGGACCCAUCCCCUACAGGAUGGCAAGGAAAACUAGGACAAAAUAUUUCUACCACGGCAAAUUAGACUGGGACGAGAAAUCGUCUGCUGGCAGAUAUGUUAGAGAUAAUUGUAAACCAUUACUGAGGUACCUGCAGAGCAACAGUGAGGAGUACCGGCAGUUGUUCGACCUGAUCACCCGCAUGUUGGACUACGAUCCUUCGCAGCGCAUCACGCUCCGAGAGGCGCUCAAGCAUCCUUUCUUCAACAAACUGCCCGCGCACCAGAGGCUGGGACCCCCGUUUACAAGGUCGCCAUAUCUUAGGCAGUGAUCGAAGCCGGUGCAACGGAGAGAGUUCAGGAUCUCGUGAGCGUUCACACUCGCUGAGCAGGUGAGGGCCGAGACUGAGGCCCCGGCCUGCGCCCCGCGAGCAGUAGGGGCCCCGCCCCCCGGGCUGAGAUGGACUUGUACAUUGUUGAUAAAGUGAUAAGUGAUAUAUUUUCGAACAUUAAUUUAGGUAAUAUUUUGUUGUGAAUCGGUACUUCUCAAUUUGUAUUUAUAAUAGUUCGAAAUAAAUACUUUCGUUCUGAUUAA